AACCACAGUUCCAGCGCUGGGAUGUAUUAGUCCAAACACAUGUGCAGCUGCUUCAAGUCUGGGUAAUUUGCCAUUUAUGAAGAAUGUUGGUUCGAUAAGUAGUGGACCAAGCUGCUGUACAACAAGUUUGUGCAACGUUCCAAUAACAACCGCUACAACAGCUGCACCAACAACCACAACAGCUGCAACAACUACUGCUGCACCAGUAACCACAACAGCUGCACCAACAACCACAACAACGGCUGCACCAACAACAACGGCAGCAACAACAACAACAACAACUGCUGCUCCAACAACCACAACAGCUGCACCAACCACCACAACUGUGGCACCUACUAUCACAACAGCUGCAACAACAACGAUGGCAACAACAACUGUUGCACCAACCACCACAAUGGCUGCACCAACCACCACAACAGCUGCACCAACCACCACAACUGCUGCACCAACCACAACAACGGCUGCACCAACAACAACGGCAGCAACAACAACAACAACUGCUGCUCCAACAACCACAACUGCUGCACCAACCACCACAACAGCUGCACCAACCACCACAACUGUGGCACCUACUACCAACACAGCUGCAACAACAACAACGAUGGCAACAACAAGUGCUGCACCAACCACAACAAUGGCUGCACCAACCACCACAACAGCUACACCAACAACUGCUGCUCCAACAACCACAACUGGUGCACCAACCACCACAACGGCUGCACCAACCACCACAACAGCUGCAGCAACAACUACAACUGGUGCACCAACCACCACAACGGCUGCACCAACCACCACAACAGCUGCAGCAACAACUGCUACUGUGGCACCUACUACCACAACAGCUGCACCAUCAACAACGAUGGCAACAACAACUGUUGCACCAACCACCACAACAGCUGCACUUACCACCACAACUUAUGCUCCAACAUCUACAACUGUGGCACCUAUUACCACAACUGUGGCACCAGCCAUGACAUCGGCUGCACCAACAACCACAACAGCUAGACCAACAACGACGGCAGCACCAACCACCACAACUGCUGCACCAACAACCACAACUACUGCACCAACCACCACAACGGCUGCACCAACAACCACAACUGCUACACCAACAACCACAACCCACAACAACGGCAGCACCAGCCACAACAACGGCAGCACCAACAACAACUGCUGCACCAACAACUACAACUGUUGCACCAACCACCACAACUGCUGCAUCAACAUCUACAACUGUGGCACCUAUUACCACAACAGCUGCACCAACAACAAUGAUGGCAACAACAACUGUUGCACCAACCACCACAACGGCUGCACCAACAACUACAACUGUGGCACCUACUACCACAACAGCUGCACCAACAACAACGAUGGCAACAACAACUGUUGCACCAACAACCACAACAACUGCACCCACAACCACAACUGCUGCACCAACCACCACAAUGGCUGCACCAACCACUACAACUGUGGCACCUACUACCACAACAGCUGCGCCAACAACAACGAUGGCAACAACAACUGUUGCACCAACAACCAAAACAACUUCACCCACAACCACAACUACUGCACAAACCACCACAACGGCUGCACCAACAACCACAACUGCUGCACCAACCACCACAACGGUUGCACCAACAACUACAUCUGUGCCACCUACCACCACAACUGUGGCACCAGCCACGACAACGGCUGUGCCAACAACCACAAAAGCUUCACCAACAACAACGGAAGCACCAACAACAACUGCUGCACCAACAACCACAACAGCUGCACUAACCACCACAACUGCUGCUCCAACGACUACAACUGUGGCACCUAUUACCACAACUGUGGCGCCAGCCACGACAACGGCUGCACCAACAACCACAACAGCUGCACCAACAACAACAGCAGCAGCAACUACCACAACUGCUGCACCAACAUCCACAACUACUGCACCAACCACCACAACGGCUGCACCAACAACCACAACUGCUGCACCAAUCACCACAACGGCUGCACCAACAUCCACAACCUCUGCACCAACCACCACAACUGCUGCACCAACAACCACAACAGCUGCACUAACAACAACUGCUGCACCAGCAACUACAACAGUGGCACCAACAACCACAACUGCUGCACCAACCACAACAACGGCUGCACCAACAACAACGGCAGCACCAACAACAACGAUGGCAACUACAACUGUUGCACCAACCACCACAACAGCUGCACUAACCACCACAACUGCUGCUCCAACGACUACAACUGUGGCACCUAUUACCACAACUGUGGCGCCAGCCACGACAACGGCUGCACAAACAACCACAACAGCUGCACCAACCACCACAACUGCUGCACCAACCACCACAACUGCUGUUGGGGUAGGAAGGGAAGUCUGUUGCAGAGAUGCACCCCCACCCCUGACGCCAAAGAGCAGAAAGCCCUGGAGAAUUCAAUGGCAAAGUGGAUUGGGCGUUCUGGCCUGCCUGCAAGGACCAUUGAGAACAAAGACUUUGUGGAUAUGAUGAAUCAAGCCGACCACAGGUUCAAUGUGUGCAGUGUGAUAUUUGCCCUCUGCACUGAGUCAUCCAAUCACAGAGCUGGCCUUCCUGAUCAGCUGAUCCAGACGCAUUCUCUCAGCCACAGAUAA